AUGUCUGUUAGGGAGUAUCUGGCAGUAUCCGGAAAGGCAAACCUCUCGUUGGCUAGGGGGAACACAUCCCAGGCGUCAGGGCGACCAGUAACGACCAGGAUUUCGGCCUUCGAUUCCCAUUUUCACCUGGACCGGUCUCUAGUGAAAUUGGGUAUGCCGUAUUACUCAGAUAUCCGGACCAUUCUGGAUGCAGAUGUAGGGAUCAGACCCCAAGUUGAAGUGGAUGUGGUAGGAGGUGUCCUGAUCUAUUGUGACCCCGAGACCUACCCGACAUCUUUCCCGGCUCAGGCUGGGUUUGGUGUCGCGGUGGGAUUACAUCCCCGGAAAACGGCAAGAUUCAACCCUGAACUCUACCGUCAUUUAAAGCAUCUCCUGAGGAAUGAACGAGUUGUGGCACUAGGAGAAGUUGGGUUGGAUCGAACCGAGCCAUCAGAUACUUGGGGGCUACAGGAGGAAGUCCUGACAAGGAUACUAGAAUUGUCAUCCCCUUGUCAACCAAUCAUCCUUCAUAUCCGGGAUGGGGAGGAUCGACAGUCCGGAGUGCUCUAUCUGGAAUGUCUUGAAUUGUUUAAGCCCAAUGUUGCUCGGACGCAGAAAGUGGUGCUGCAUUGUUUCACCGGCGCGCAAGAGGUAGUGGUCAGCUGGUGUAAGGCAUUCCCUAAUUGUUUCUUCAGUUACUCAGGACAAGCCCGGCUUUUCACGGAGGCGCAGAAACAGGCAGUCCGGAGGAUCCCGGCGAACAGGCUGUUGAUAGAAACUGACUCGCCAUACUUUCGACCAGCUGGGGCUCGGAUGUGCACUCCAUCCUUUUUAGGGGACGUCGCCAACAUUAUUGCGUCUUAUCGGGAUAGCGAGGUCAGGGACGUGUGCCAGCUGAACUUGAGGAAUUCCACUCAACUGUUUGGGCUAGAAAUAGCAUAA